AUGCCCGCCGUUUCUGUCCCCUCCACCCUCAACUCCUUCACGGAGACUUGGUCCCCGCGCCUCAUCGCCUCCGUCAACGGUCAACACGUCAAAAUCGCCAAAUGCGACGGCGCCUUCAUCUUCCACUCCCACCCGGACUCGGAGGAGCUUUUCUACCUGCUCUCCGGCCGACUGACAAUGGAAAUCGAGGGCGACGCGGAUAAUGUGGUCAUGUCGCCGGGAGAUGUCUACGUCGUGCCGAGGGGCGUGCGGCACCGGCCCGUUUGUGAGAAUGCGGAGAUUAUGAUGGUGGAGAAGGCCGGAACGGUGAAUACGGGAGACGCGCCGGCGGGAGAGAGGACGAGGGUGCCAGUUAAUGUCACACAGCAAUCAUGA